UUUGCAUAUGCAUUUCAUAUUUUAUUAUCACCAAAAAUGAGUUAUCCUUUAGAUAAACGUAUAGUUAAUGGUGAUCCUAAUAAUCCUUGGAACUUGGCAGCCGCUUACCAAGUAUUUGAAAAUGAGGACAGCUCUAGUUCUAAUUUAUUUAUUUUACAAAAACCUGAUGAGAACACAAAUAUGUUUACAAACUUUGGUACUUCAUUUUUUGCAACUUGUUUAUUACUUACAGGUGAUACAAGUUCGUUGUCCAAUUGGCCAUAUGAAAAGAAUCCAACUCUUAUGAUAUUGAUGAUAAUGUUCGCAUUUGUGAUGGCUAUUUAUAUUCUGAAUGUAUUUAUCACACUAUUUGAUGAAGCUAUGAAAGAUAAUGAUGACUCAUAUUUGAUAAUGAAGGCAGAGUAUUUGGCUAAAAUUGAGUUAUUUUACCUAUUACCACAUCAGAG